AUAGAUAUGGCUAUGCAGGAGCACCUGCGAAUAAAGGAACGUCACCGCUGUUCCAUAACAGCUCUUGGCUACCAUACAGCUCGACGGGAAUGUCUCACUGGGUUUGAAGAUGGAGUGAUCAAAUGGUGGGACAUGGAAAGUGGCCACAUGUCCUUGUGCACCAAAGAACAUGCUGGCUGGGUCACCCACUUCCUUUCCUGGACACAGGCACGGCUCCUCUUCUCUGCUUCCAAUGACAGCUCUGUGCUGGUGUGGGCUCCAGGUGGUACAGUGCUUGACCGUAUUCUGUUGGGCUACCCCAUCUUCAGCUUGGCAAUCAGCCUGGCUCGGCAUCUCCUUCUUUGUGGCAGCAAAGGACGCCUGACUGCUUUCCCCUUGGAUGAAAAAAGAGAAUCUGGGCACAUAGUCAACAUAACCCAAAGUUUUUCUGAAUGGACUCACAAAGACAUUGUGUCCUGCAUCACCUGUCUUGAUAACCACAUUUACACUGCUGGGUAUGACAAGAAAUUGCUGAUCUUUGACACCUACCAGACCCCAGGAAGAAAAGGCCUGACAAAGAAGCAGUGCAUCUUACGUGCCCACAAUGCAGCUAUCACCCAUUUGCUUCUGGUACGCCAGCAAGAAACCACAAGGGUGCUUUCGGGCUCUUUUGACCAGACUGUUGGCAUCUGGUCCCAGGAUGGCAAGCUGAUCCAGCGCCUUGGCCCCUUCAUCAGUAACAUAACUGGACUGUGCUAUGUGGCACCCAUUGGCGUCAUUUGGAUUACUAGUGGCGCUUCCCAGCCCACCCUUUAUGAGCCACAGUCUGGAGAAAUAGUUUCACAGUUCAUAUCCACGUUCCAGGGUAAUCAGAAGGAUGGGUUGGUUCUCGAGAAGCUCCUCAGCCUGCCAGACUCAAGGUAUGUGAUAGGCAUAGCAAAGCCGCAGCAAGUGGUGGUUUGGCGCUACAGUGAGUUGGGAUGCUUAACACUGCUGCCUUGCAAACACUCCCUGGAGUGCCUUGCCUAUGCCAAGAAGGACCCCAUUUUGCUCUUCAGUGGGGACAGCAGUGGAAUGUUGCAGAAAUGGGAAAGAAGCUACAUAUCUCCCUUCAUCUACAGCAGGGAGUCCUUCCACAUAGAUGAAGCCCACCUGGAGCGACGAGGACCUUUGGCUGAUCAAGUAGAGAAAGGCCAUCAGGAAGAAUCAGAACCUUGUCCAGAUUCCACACAAAAAUGGAGCACUUGUAGUAGGCUCCGAAGUUGUUACAGCAGAUCACAGAUCACAGCCAAAGGCGCAGGAGAAGAAAAAACAGGCUUCACUAGGGUCAUCUUUGCUGAACAACUGGAUAUUCUGGUGAUGUCAGCAACCAACGGGAACAUUUAUCUCUGGGAAUUUGAGACCUUCAUCCCAGAUGCUGAGCCCAUUGUCCAGCAAAAUAUGUCUGCAUUGGAUCAAGACUCCAAAACACUACCAGAAGAUUGUGUCCAAGAUGAGAUGGCUUGGAACCCUUCAAAUAGCUGUAUCUCAGAUCUCACAUGCAGAAUAGUGCUGUGUGGACACACUGGCAUGAUUACAGCACUUGCACUGGUGAAGAGUGAGAAUGGUAGUCAUGUCCCUUAUCUGCUCAGUGGGGGAUGGGAUGGAAGGCUGUGCCUUUGGAAUCUUCACAACCGUUCCUUGCAAAAUGCCUUCUCCAGUCUGCCUGGGGAUAAUGGGCCUAUCCUGGAUGUGGCCUACUCCCAAAAUAGGAGGGAAUUUGCCUUCUCUUCCAGCACUGGGGUUUUCAUCUGUGCUUUCAGUCCUGAUUGUGCUGAUCUGGAGCUCCUGGCUGAACUUUGUAGGCACAAAACCACUGUCAUAGCCUUGGCCUGGCACCCACAAGAAAACAAAUGGGUCACUGGUGCUGAAGAUGGCACCAUUCAGCUGUGGACUGAAGAUGGUGGAUGUUGCGUGCAGAACAUGAAAGCCCCUAGAGGAAUCACUUGCAUUUGCAUUGACCAGAUCAACGGAUGUAUCAUUGCAGGAGACCAUGAUACUAUCAGGAUUUAUGACCCAAACUCUGGAGCACUGGUGCAAAGUUACACAGGACAUCAAGAUUCUAUUAAGGGUCUCAUCCAUGUCCCAGAAAUGAAGCAGUAUGUGUCCGUUUCACUGGAUGGCACAGCACGCAUGUGGAAGGCCUACCAUCAAGGGGGAUAGUCCAAGUCCCAGUCAACUGGCAACUUUAUUAUUAUCCUACAUGCCACCAGAAUCUGGAUUGUCAAACCUUUAUUACAGCUUUUGGGC